CCUCAUCUUCAUCUCGUCUAUUCGCUGCAUGUCCACGACGGCGCCACUAUCCACUCCAAGGCGCCUAUGUAUACGAUAUGCAAGGAGCUUGUGUUUCUCUCCCACCCAGUCGGCCCAUUUGGCCCCUGCAGCAGCGUCUUCAGCCGGAUCCAGACAGGUACGGCGUGGUUUGCAGCCCCGAAACAUGACAGCGGGCGUUAUGAAGGCGGCCAAGAUGAGCGCCUUGCAAACGUAGCCAAACCAUCGUCCCAGUACCCGCAAACUCUCUGGCGAUUGCCUUUUUGCCUAUCUCUCUCUCUUCGCACCAUAUCGCAGCCCGAGCGCCUGUAGUUUCCAUCUUAUCUUCAUGCCUCCGCUGUAUUGCUGCCACUGAGUGCGGCGUGCGCAACGAUAGCGCAAUGCCGUCCAAGCGAAUCCUUUCCUGGUCAAAACGCCAGUCUAGUUCAGAGCCCUACUAUCGCACUGGGGGGUUGCUAUCGAUUGAGCCCGAGUCUAACACCGACUUCGAAGCAAAGACUACGCUGAAAGUUGAAAAACGACGUUCAGCCAACCUUGUCAUCUUUCCGUCGGACGACAAACAAUAUGUAUCCAGUCCUAUCACACCCCAGAGCGAUGCAGCCGUGUUUGGGGCUGUCACGACCCUCCAGACUACGUCUAGCGACAUGUUGCGCUCUCCGGUGCCCAGCACGAUUGCAUGUUCGAAAUCUGCUUCCGUAGAAAAGCCUCUUCCCCGUCGCCCACGUUCCGUCUCGGUACCGUCGAUUGCAGAACUACCCGCUGAGCUCCCUGGUUCUCUUCUCUUAGAGAAUCAAGGGUUUCCAUCCUGUACAACUCCAGUGUCCGUCCAACCCACAAUCCAGCUCUUUCGACGGGAGAGCCACCCGCCUGACAAGCGUUUGAACCACGGAAUUACAUCGUUGAAUGCAUUGGAUUUGGUCCCGUCACAAUUGAAUCAUACGAGAAGCGUUCCAGAACUUAGCUCGCGGUAUAGCAUCAUGAGAAAUAUUCCCACCGGCGAUGCAAUCGAUUCCCUCGCUAUGGCCCAAGUCGGCCCAUCAGCUGUAUCGAAUAACAAGUCUUUGAACAAAACCGGGAUGCGAAGACGUUCGAGACCGGACCUGAUUACUUCGCUCUCUACCAUGGACGGAAAGGUUUCGACAAACAGAAGCGGCAGGCAUGAUUCUAGUCAGAUGCGGCAGGUCCAAGAGAAGAAAGUACGUGAUCAGGGUUCUGAAAAGCGCCAACGCAGCAGUCAAAAUGAAGUGAGUGCUAUUUGUUUCUUGAUAGAAGCGUGUUUACUGGACAAACAAGAAGACUGCAUAACGAAACAGUUUCAGAACUUCUCUGUGUGCCAUCUCCAACUCUGAUGCGACGAUAUGUGCCUGAGUUAGAUGCACUGCUCUGCCGUUAGGCCAUGGCAUCUGGCUGAUCGCUGGCGAUGUCUCGUUGUAUUGACGGAUCGAAGGCCUGGC